CAUUAACCUAGUGACUCACACCUUUUUACCUUUUACCCCUCGUACAACAUCGAUACCUAUAUCACUAGGUUAGAUAUAUCACUACACUUCAAGCCCGAGCAAACGCACUUCGCCAUAUCUGCCGCACUUCGGAACAAACACCACACCACACCACACCACACUAACAGCGACUUCUCUAACGAAGCGAACCUUUUUACCCGGCUUAAAUCUCACAUUAACCGCGGCCGACAUGGCCACAAUGACAGUGACUCUCCCACCGAUAUCCAUAUCCAACACCAUGACAGCCACCAGCACCAGCACCAGCACCACCACGUCCUGCUGCCCAAACUGCGGGCUUUCCCUGCCCCCCGCCUCCGAAGCGCAAACAGCCCUCCUCCAAGCGCAAAAACAUAUCGAAGACCUGGAGGCCCAGGUGCGCCUGCUCAACCAGAAAGCCACGGCGGCAGUAGACCGCUGGGCCGACUACGAAGACGAGCUCACGCGCCUGCGCGCCGCGUCCACGACGUCCGUCGCAACCACCACCACCAUGAUCAGCAACAGCCCGCGCUCGUCGUUCCUGCCGACGGGCGCGGCGGCGCGCAUAAGCCAGCUGCUCGCGCCGCGCAAGUCGGUGCCGAACCUAGCAGCGGCGCGGGGCUCGGUGCCGGUGCCGGUGCCGGUGCCGGCGCUGCCCAAGCCCCCCAACGGAGACGAGCUGCUGGAGGCGCUGUCGCGGGAGCGGGCGCUGCGGGCCAAGGCGGAGGGCAAGCUGCAGGAUACUAGUCGGGAGGUGGAGGAGCUGAGCGCGACGCUGUUCGAGCAGGCGAACGAGAUGGUGGCGAGCGAGCGGAGGGCGCGCGCGAAGCUGGAGGAACGGGUCUCGGUGCUGGAGCGCAGGGAUGUGGAGAAGAGGGAUCGGUUGGAUAGGUUGGAGGGUGCGAUGGGGAGGUUGGAGAGGGUGAGGGCGCUGUUGGACGAGCGGUAGGGUAGGGGGCCCCGGGGGAGCUGGCGGAAGGGAUAUGGUAAUCGGUUACGAGUCACGGAUCACGGAUCACGAGUCACGGGG